UCCGGGUUAGUUAGGAGGAGGGGAACAGACACAUGCCCAUCUGGCCCGCCCCCCCUCUCAGUGCUCUCUCUUUCCCCAGUGAAUCCACCGCUACAUUCACUGGGCCCUUGGCAGGGAAAUAGAGGUACGAAUGGAGACAGAAGGGAGCCAGACUAGCCUGUCCUCUCCGGAUUCCCCUCACGACCCCUGCAAAAUGUUUAUCGGGGGUUUGAGUUGGCAGACCACGCAAGAGGGACUCAAGGAAUAUUUCAGCAAAUUCGGAGACGUGAAGGAGUGCAUGGUCAUGAGAGAUCCAGUUACAAAGCGAUCAAGGGGGUUCGGAUUCGUUACUUUCGUAGAUCAAACUGGCGUAGAUAAAGUUCUGGCACAACCAAGACACGAACUGGAUUCUAAAACUAUUGACCCAAAAGUCGCGUUCCCCCGUCGAGCACAGCCCAAGUUAGUGACCCGGACGAAGAAGAUCUUUGUGGGUGGCCUGUCUGUCAACACCACCAUCGAGGAUGUCAAGCAGUACUUCGAUCAGUUUGGCAAGGUGGAUGAUGCCAUGCUGAUGUUCGACAAGACCACCAACAGACACAGAGGUUUUGGGUUUGUGACGUUUGAAAACGAAGACGUUGUAGAGAAAGUGUGCGAGAUUCACUUCCACGAAAUCAACAACAAGAUGGUGGAGUGCAAGAAGGCGCAGCCGAAGGAAGUGAUGUCACCGACUGGCUCUGCCAGGGGGCGGUCCCGAGUGAUGCCGUACGGGAUGGACGCGUUCAUGCUGGGAAUCGGCAUGCUGGGUUACCCAGGGUUCCAAGCUGCUACCUAUGCCAGUCGCGGCUACACUGGCCUCACUCCCGGCUACACCUACCAGUUUCCCGAAUUCCAUUUAGAGAGGACCCCCCUCCUGACUUCACCCCACCCCUCUGAGAUGACAGCAAUCCCCCUGACGGCGUAUGGACCAAUGGCAGCGGCAGCUGCAGCGGCUGCAGUGGUGAGAGGUGCAGGUAGGGGGCGCUGUUUUGUUCUCUCUCCAGGCUCCGCCCAGACUCGCACUGGGGGCUUCCUUGGCACCAGCAGCCCCGGCCCCAUGGCUGAACUGUACGCCGCAGCCAAUCAGGACUCUGGAGUGGGCAGUUACAUCAGCGCUGCCAGUCCCGCCCCCAGCACUGGGUUUGGGCACAGCCUGGGGGGUCAACUGAUUGCCACAGCUUUCACAAAUGGCUACCACUGAAGAGAGCGGGGCCAGGCUUCCUGUCUGCCAGUAAGAAGACGGGGUUAAAGUUACUGUGGACCAAUGAAUUUCUUUUUUAUUGUCGCGUUCCUACAAAGCUGCACACUGAUUAGGCUGCAGUAGCUCUAACUGACCCCGACUUCUGACUCCGCCCACCGACUGAAGAGCAUUCUCCUCCCGUUCCUGUACUAACAUCACUUCCUCUCCACCUCUUGUAUUUAUUUUCGCAGCGGUAGUAUUUUUAAGCUUUUGUUGUCAGUUUGUUCGUUGUUGCUUUUUGGAAGUAGGUAGUGCUUUCUUUAAAACAAACAAAAAAAAAUGUUUUGUGAUUUGUUAGAAACUUGCUAAGGAUUGUUUUGUUUUAUUUUUUUUUUCAUUUUGUUUAAGAUUUUUCAGUUUUUUUUUUGUUUUGGGUUAAUAAUUUAAUUAUUUUGUCCAGAAGUAACAAAAGCAUUUUCACGAUCACCAAACUCCAAGGAGAGAGGGGAGAGAGAGAGUAAAAAAGGGUUAUUAUUAUUAUAAUUAUAAUUAUUAUUAUUAUUUUUUUUUUUUUAAUAAGUUUAUUGGAUAUUUCUUUCUUUUGUAAAUUUCAGGAUUUAAAAAAAAAAUGCAUCAAAUAUUGAAACAUCACCGUUGAACAAAAAAAAUGUAUAUUUUGGUAGUUUUGAAAACACUAUGAUAAUCAAGAAAGUAUUUUUCCAAAAUUGGUGAAGUUUUUUUUUCUGUAAAAUAUUGUAAAUAAUUCAAGCUGAAUUUGUAUUGGCUGGCUGCAGAGUUGCUGUUGUAUACGGUAGAGUUUGAAAAUCGAGGGGCAGGUCUGAGCUGUAGGACAGGCCUGUGCAGUAGCAGUUCUAGACUAGAUCAUUUUAACAGAUUGCCAGUACUUCCUGUUUGUUUGUUUGUUUGUUUUCUUGUUACGAAGUUACUGUAUUUUCUAUUUUAUUUUUAAAAGACCUCUGACUAAAGUGAAGGACAAACUGAAGCAAGGUGUUGUGAGAACAGUUACCUGAGCAGUUGGUCUAGCUGCCAGCCGGAGGUACCCACAGGCUCUGUGUCAGGCUGGCCCAGCAAGGCCAGAAACCUUAAUUCUACCUCGUUUCCAUGAGCACAGAUUAACGGCUAGUCUGAGCUGCUCCGGCUUCUCCCGCAGUGCUCCUGAGCCCAUUCAUAGUCUCCCUGGGUUGAGUGAAAACUCUGUUUUCAUGCAGUAAGAGUUUGACGGAUGUUGGCGGUGCUUUCCCAGCAGGCCUUGCGGCUAAGGUGACAUUCAUUUGUUUACGAAAGCGAAAGGAUGGACGGUAUUGCUUUUCUUCCUGCUCGGACUGGCAGCCAACGUGGGUUACCAUGGAAACACGGUAUCAGGGGCAACAGGGUUUUGAACCCGGGUUGAUUGGUGCAUGGAAACGAGGUAUUGGAUUCAGAGGAGAGAUGCUGGUCGCUAUAGAAACCACUGGGCGUCUCGGCUUGUCUGUGUUCUUUGAUAAAUUUCAGCUCUUGUAAUAUUUGUCAGGGAAGGCUGUGGCCUUUUAAAACUGUGUAAACUUGAGAGCCAAACCAAUCCGAAACUAUAUUUAAGACUGACAUUCAGAAAUUUGAAUCGGCUGUACAAGCACAUACAUGGAUACAUGCAAAAAACCACAAAUAACCAGGUAGCACUAUUGAUUGGUACGUAAUCAGUCAUGAAGACAAAUGUACAGCCCUGUUCAAUUGUAUGAACAGAACGGAUAUCUACUGAACGGUUUUGGGUACUGUCUUUCAUAGCACUGCAAACUAGCAUGGAUUUUAAAUGCUGUGAUUGGUUGAGUUGAGCUCCCCCGGAGGCUUCUGGGGGAUGUAGUUUGGGAUGAAGGUCUUGAGGCUGGCUUCCUGUCUGUUGAUAAACAAGAGCCUCCAUCCCUGCACAGUUUAGGGGGUGGGGAGGUAACUGGUUAAGGGAUAGAACUACCUCAGUCUGAAAGAACUGACGAGCAUUGGGGAGUUGAAACCCUGGGAAAGACUACCAGGAGACACUGACACUGUAGUUCUUUAACAGAAGCAAUACAUUAUUUUAUCUGAAAGAAAUAAGUGGCAUUCAAGGAAAGCAUUCUCAGAUUUUAUUUAAAAAAAAAAAAGUAAAAAUGAAGCUGUUAUUUUUGUUCCUAAAGGGUGGGGGUACAUAACAAGACGCCCCCUGCUGUGUGCUCUGUGUAAUUGCCAGGGACAGGGGUGCGUAGCUGGUGGGGUUUUAUCACCUGUUUGUAUUUUUUAAGCCAGUACGACAUUUUACAAUCUGACAAACUUCUUCAACAAAACUGUAACCCAUUUUGUGUUUUUUUUUUUUUGUUUUGUUUUGUUUUUUGUUCUGAGAUUUCAUUUUAAAAUUCCUAAUAAAUUAUUUUAAAACAUUCCAUUGAA